AUGUCUCAGAAGGUGUUCCUUCCUAUGGACAAGGCAAAGAUCAUUCAGACGAUGUAUCAGGCCAUACAGGUAUUGUCAGAAAACGCACCAACUGUGGUGUACAUAAACCAACAAGGAGGUCCAAACAGCAGAGCUGCAAUGAGGGAUGUGUCACAGAUAAUCCUCUGGGUGGAGCGGAAUUCCAAGGCCAUUUCCACCAUAUUAAUUCUGGGAGUAGACAAUUGGGGAGCAGACUUCCUUAGUAGACACGAUCUGCACCUGGGGAAAUGGGUUCUCUACCCGCAAGUGUUACAGCAGAUAUUUAAUUGGUGGGGCUGCCUGCAAAUUGACUUGUUGGUUUCUCAGCUCACCAAGAAGCUCCUGCGCUACUGUUCUGGGACGAGGGAUCCACAGGCCGUAGCAGUGGAUGCUCUGGCGACACCGUGGAUUUACCGGUUGGUGUACUUGUUUCCUCCAGUUCCUCUAAUUCCAAGAGUUCUCAAAGGAUUUAAAGGGCAGGGUUCAGGCUCCUUAAGAGACGUGAUGGUAGUGACUGGUAGAGCUGAGGAGACCACCAUCCGCGUCACAUAUGGACACACAAGCAGGAAUAUCUCAGAAGGACAUCUAAUGUUAUCCCCGGAUUGUGAAAUAAAAGAUAAUGACAGUAGACAGGAUUCUCCAGGAGAUAACCCCAUUACCCUAAUUAUACAUCCAGCUCUAUCAGCUGAUCCCUCUGAUCCUUGGAAAUGUUCUCCUAAUCACUCUGAUAUUGGUGCAUCUGUUAUAGAUCUGAGAGUAGAUACAGUGUAUCCCUGUUCUAUAGAUGCCAAAUGUUUUACACAGAACACAAAGCUUAUUAACCCACACACAGGUAAGGCAGGUGGAAGGCCACUGAUAUGUUCAGAGUGUGAGAAAUGUUUUACAUACAAAUCAGAUCUUGUUAUACAUCAGAGAAGUCACACAGGUGAGAAGCCAUUUCCAUGUUCUGAGUGUGGGAAAUGUUUUGCACGGAAAUCACGUCUUGUUAGACAUCAGAGAAGUCACACAGGUGAGAAGCCAUUUCCAUGUUCUGAGUGUGGGAAAUGUUUUACACAGAAUUCACAACUUGUUGCACAUCAGAGAAGUCACACAGGUGAGAAGCCAUUUCCAUGUUCUGAGUGUGGGAAAUGUUUUGCACAGAAAUCAGUUCUUGUUAAACAUAACAGAAGUCACACAGGUGAGAAGCCAUAUUCAUGUUCUGAGUGUGGGAAAUGUUUUGCAUACAAAUCAGCUCUUGUUAAACAUAACAGAAGUCACACAGGUGAGAAGCCAUUUCCAUGUUCUGAGUGUGGGAAAUGUUUUGCACACAAAUCAGAUCUUGUUAUACAUCACAGAAGUCACACAGGUGAGAAGCUGUUUUCUUGCUCUGAAUGCGGGAAAUGUUGUGCAAGUAAAUCACAACUUGUUAGACAUCACAGAAGUCACACAGGUGAGAAGCCAUUUUCUUGCUCUGAGUGCGGGAAAUGUUUUACACAAAAAUCACAUCUUGUUACACAUCAGAAAAGUCACACAGGUGAGAAGCCAUUUCCAUGUUCUGAGUGUGGGAAAUGUUUUGCACAAAAAUUACAUCUUGUUAGACAUCACAGAAGUCACACAGGUAAGAAGCCAUUUCCAUGUUCUGAGUGUGGGAAACGUUUUGCACACAAAUCAGAUCUUGUUAUACAUCACAGAAGUCACACAGGUGAGAAGCCAUUUUCUUGCUCUGAGUGCGGGAAGUGUGUUACACGGAAAACACAUCUUGUUACACAUGAGAGAAGUCACACACGUGAGAAGGUAUUUUGUUGCUCUGAGUGCGCGAAAAGUUUUACCUGGAAAUCCCACUUUGUUAUACAUAACAGAAGUCACACAGGUGAGAAGCCAUUUUCUUGCACUAAGUGUGGGAAAUUUUUUGCACACAAAUCAGUUCUUGUUAGACAUAACAGAAGUCACACAGGUGAGAAGACAUUUCCAUGUUCUGAGUGUGGGAAAUGUUUUACACGGAAAUCACAUCUUCUUAGACAUCAGCGAAUUCACACAGGUGAGAGGCCAUUUAUAUACUCUGAGAAAUAAAUCAGCUCUUGUUGCACAAAUUAGACAUCACUCAGGUGAGGAACCAUUUUAAUCUUCUGGAGUAUACUCAUCAUUGCCAUGCAUUGUUCUUCAAGGUUCUUAUCCUAUCUCUUUUGCUUUUUGCAAUAUACAUGUUACCACUGGGUGAAAUAAUCAGAUGUCAUGCCCUCAUCUACCACUGCUAUACAGAUGACCUGUCUUUUUCUCCAGGUACUGAGAACCCAGUACCAAUCCUAAAUGGUUGUCUAGCUGAGCUCCAGGUGUGGGUGAUGCCAGUUGGCUGUGACUCAGUCCUGGCGAAACAGGUCCUUAUGAUAGAAGCUCACCAACAAAGGGCAGGGCUACAGCUCAGCUUUGUAAACCAACCAAACUUACGCUUGGGGGUUCAGAGUUACAAAAUGCUGAUCAUGUGCGGAAUCUUGGUGUCAUGGAUGGUGGAGUGACACUUAGACAUCAGAUAUCAGCCACAAUCAGAUCCUCAUCUGAGGAACAUAGCCAGACUCCAGCACUUAUUUCCCUCUGAAGAUCUACCUACAGUCAUACAUGUACUUGUAUCAUCACGCAUAGACUACUGCAAUGUCCUCUACCUGGGUCUCCCAGCAAAAGAAUUGCACCGCUUGUAGCUUGUACAGAAUGCAGCAGCCAGGCUGUUACCUAACCAGCCCGUUCCUGCCACAUAACACCCAUUCUCUGCUCCCUUCACCGGCUGCCUGUAAGAUGGUGACUCUAUUACAUAAUCUUACUGACUCUCCCAGCCCUACAUGACCAGGGUCCAUGGUACCAGAAGCAGCUUCUGCCUCCUUACUGCCCUGCUUUCUUACUUCCAUCUGGAGAUGAAGGACUGUUACCAGCAGUACCAAGAAUCCCCAAGCAGUGCUGAAAUGUCAUAGGGGCAGACAGGGUGGUGGCACUAGUGCUGUAGCAGGAGCUGCCUGAGGCACUGUCUAUGGGUAAUAUUGUCCCCAAGCAGCGCUGAGGUGUAAGAGGGAGACAGGGCAAGUGCAGUUGUGGGGGAAGGGGGUGGACAGAGCAGUGGCAGUAGUGGGGGGAGACGGUAGUGGCAGCAGUGCAGUGAGGUGAGGCAGAGCCUUUCCUGUUAUACUAAUGUUUGUGCAAGAGUUUUUACUGUAUACGAAAAAUACAAAGACUAUGUUGUAAAUAUCUUCUUUGCAUUAUUCUAAUCAUGUUUAUAACCAAAACUCCGGAGUAAAAAGUCUAUGGCAGGGGAGGCAGUGCCCCACCUGUGUAUCUUUUCCGCACAUCUCUGAUCAAAACUCACCAAAUUUCCAGGAGUUUAUACUGCUGCACCUGUGUAUAAUGUCCAGAUGUAUAUACUGCUGCACCUGUGUAUAAUGCCCACAUGUACACUUUGGCUCAUAUGUUGUGUGUAAAUCUGGCUCUAGCCAGUACCUCCUGAGCCAUUUGGAUCACUGCACGUCCCUGAGUGGCAAUA